GCCCCCUGUUAGGCCCUUCAAGGUCUCUGAAACGAAACGGCGACGUAUUUAAAGGGAUCUAACGUUUUUACCGUCCCGUUUAUAGGAUACUCAAGGUAGAUUUUGGAAAGCCCAUCAUGCGACCCAUAGUUGUGAGAUGUGAUUUACAAAUACCCCCGAAGUUGUCUUUUGUUUACUCCCGAAAGAAAAAUGGAAUUCCAGUCUCAAUUGUUGUUGUUUUGGUGUUUCUCUACUUUGGUUACAGGCCUAAGUUGCAGUCGCUUAACAGCUAUAACAGGAUAUAGAACUAUGAGUCAGAUAUUACAAGUUCACGCUUUCCUCGGACAUUCUUUCUCAAAGAAUGAGAACUUAAUUCCGGACUCCCUAAAACAUGAUUUAAUUCACCAACGAACCCAAAUCCCGUAUCAUAAUAUCCCAAUACAUAGGGAUGGUAUGACGGGGAAAGUAGUGGAUCCUGAUGUUAAUUUUAAACGGUCAUGUGCUACGGCUACAUCUUGUGGAAUAAAUACUGCCAACACCAAGGUUGAACCAACAAUUAUGAAAUCCAUCCAUGAAAUUAGUAAACAGGCUCUCCGUUCAACUAAGAUGGAGUUUAAUCUAUUGAGUUGUAUACGUAAAUCACCUGACUGUUCUGGUGAUUUACCAACUGUCCCUAGUAUAAUUGAUGAAUUAUUGAAAAUGGCUUCUGAGGAUGUGGUUCAGAAUUGGUGUUUUCCUAAGGGAUAUUUUCUUCGACUAACAGCUCAGAUAAGUGAAGCAGGAACUUUCUUACUACCCAAAAGAGAAACGAUCACGUUCCUUAAAAGACGAAUAAGGAGCUGCAAACCACGUGAAUCCUAUGCUACAAUAGAGGAUACUGUAACACCACUCCCGACCUUAACAAAAUUAAUUCAGAAUCCAGCAUUGCAUUGGGAUUUCGAGCUUGACACAUUUCAAAAACGUGCAAUUCUUUGUCUUGAAAACAACAAAACAGUAUUUGUUUCAGCACAUACAUCGUCUGGUAAAACGGUGAUUGCAGAAUACGCAUGCGCUAUUUGUUUACGUCGUGGUUCACGUGUCAUCUAUACAAGUCCAGUUAAAGCACUUUCCAAUCAAAAAUUUCAUGAUUUUAGGGAAAGAUUUGGUGAAAAUGUAGGACUAAUUACUGGUGAUAUCAAACUAGCUCAAGAAGCAUCACUACUUGUCAUGACCACUGAAAUAUUAUAUAAUAUGUUGUGCAAUGCAUCUGAGAUUAUCAAAAAUCUUGAAAUUGUAAUCUUGGACGAGGUACAUUAUAUUAAUAAUCCAGACAGAGGUUACGUAUGGGAACAGAUUAUGAUAAUGCUUCCUAAGCAUAUUCUACUAGUAAUGUUAAGCGCCACUGUACCAAAUAAUUAUGAAAUAGCUGAUUGGUUAGGACGUGUACGAGGUUGUGAGAUUCAUGUCAUCGCAACAGAUAAACGCCCUGUUCCACUGGAACAUUACCUAUAUACUGGCAUGACGGAACAAUAUACAUCCCACCUUCACCUUAUUGUAGACAAAGAUGGUCGCUUUAUAGAUUCAGGUUAUCAGGCAGCUGCUUUGUCGAAAAAUUUUGGAGGAUCAUCAUAUCGUACUCCUGCUUGUAGAGGGAAAGAUGCUUUCAUUAUGCAUACUAAAAAUACAUGGCUUGGAUUUGUUAAUUUGCUAAAAGAACAAAAUCUUAUGCCUGCGAUAGCAUUUACAUUCUCUCGAUCAUCCACUGAAACAUUAGCUAAAAAUCUAUCAUCAGUAGACUUAACAUGUAAAUCUGAAAAACAACAAAUUACGAAGUUUUUCUCUACAAUUACUGGUCGCUUAAGAAAAUGUGAUCGAAAACUUGCUUCAGUUAAAUUUCUUCAUGAUUUAACUAGAAGAGGACUAGCUGUUCAUCAUAGCGGGAUGUUACCUAUAUUAAAAGAAACGGUGGAACUUUUAUUUAGAGCUGGUUUAGUGAAAAUUCUUUUCGCUACAGAAACAGUUUCUACAGGAGUUAAUACACCUGCACGUUGUGUAGUCUUUACGUCGCUUGAAAAAUUUGAUGGUCAUAUUAGACGCUCUUUGGAUCCAAGUGAAUUUACUCAAAUGGCUGGUCGAGCAGGUCGUCGUGGUAUAGACGCCAAAGGUCUUGUGAUUAUUUUGGUUAGUACUAUUGGUAAAUCGUUAAAAUCAUCUGUCACUGGUCUACCGACUGAGAGUCUUUUGCGAAAUAUGAUACUUGGAAGACAAACAGAAUUAAUUUCAAGAUUCAGAGUCACUUAUUCUAUGAUUUUAAAUUUACAUCGAUCAUCUUCACUAACUCCACAGGACAUUAUGAAGCGUAGUUUUAUGGAAGCAGCAAGUCAUCGAUGGGAGACUAAACAAAGACAACAUUUAUCAGUAUUAAAUAAAAAGUUAAAUGAAACUACUAAAAUAAUUUCACAUAAUAAUAAUACUGAUAAUAAUAUUAGUAAUAUUAUCAUCCAGACAUCAACUAUUACGAUUUCAAAAUCCAUUGAGGGUACUAGCGAUUCGUUUAAAUCUCUGAUUGAUAGUCUUGAUGUACAGGUUAAAUGUCCACAUAAUGGAGUUGAAUGCUGUGAUUCCAUAGGUCAAUACUAUCAAUUGUGUCACAAAUAUCGUCUACUAACAAAUUCAAUUAUUUCUACACUUGAUGUAAAAUAUGCGCAACGUUUACAGCAAAUUUUUUGUCCCGGUCGUUUAAUAUUACUCCAGUUAAUAGUAAACCAGUCUCUUUGGUUAGUACCAGCCGUUAUUAUAAAUUACCAUUGGAAAACAAAGAAUAAUGAUACUGGAAAUCAAAUAAUGCUCAAUGUUAUUCUAUGGGAACUACCUGUUAAUUUACCGAAUUCGUUGACACUUAUCAAAAAACAGGAAGACGGACAGUCCUCAUCAUCAGAAUUAGUAUUAGUAGUAUCUGGAAGUGAUACUGUCACGUCUGAACAAAUGAAUAAUAACAAGAAUACUAAUUACUAUGAAUAUGAUGAAAUUGAAGAGGAAAUUCUACGUAAUUCCAUUAAUGAAGGUAGAACGACAACAAUAGCAGUUCCACCACAUUUAAUGCCAGUUUUUGUGCCAUUUUCAGUAUGCGAUGGGUAUUCACGUUUAACACGUCAAUCAGUUCCGUUAAGUGAUUCGCUUGUGAGAAUCUGCGAUCAAAUUGUUACCUUCCAAGAUAUGAGAUACAAUCUAGUUGAUGGUAAUUCGAAAUUACCUUUGAGUAUUUCAGAACUUUUAUUACAAAGCAUUAAACUACUAACUAAUAUUCGGCGAAAAGAUGAUACUAAAUUGUUAUCUGUCGAUGUCAAUGAUCAUCAGUUUGAUCAACAUUUACAAGUUAUUAAUUUGGCACUUUUUAAUUGUGUAAAUUCAGUAGUACCAAAAGAAUCAGCAUUAACAUCUGCGGUUUACUAUACUACUCUAAGAAAUACACCAAAACAAAUGGAUUUUAAAAAGGAUUUAAACCUUGUAAUGGAUGACGAGGAUAUUCCCUUAUUUGAUGAAUAUUCCACGCUGAAUGAUCAAUUAACAAUUCCUCUUGCAAACGGCACGAUAACAGCAUUCAGUUCAACAAAUCUAUUGAAAUGUCCAAAUUUACUGCAACAUUUAAAACUUGUUCAUCAAACAAUUCGUCGGAAAUUCGCUAUUAAGAGUAUCGAAAAUAAUUUAGCUAAUUAUCAGUUACAACUUUCUAAUGAAUAUACAGGACGUUUGAGUGUUCUGAAAGAACUUGGAUUUAUUGAUUCGGCAACACAAAGCUAUUGCCUUAGUUUUAAAGGUAAGAUAUUUGCAAUGCCUAAAUAAUCAUGGUUUGGUUGAAGGUUUUUGUAAUGAUUAGUUUAAUUUGUAGAUUUUAUUUGUCACAGACUAAACUCACUAAAGGUACCAUUGAAAACCUGGAAACACUGGACAACUGUUUCGUUUUAAUAUGCUACGCAUCUCCAUUGAGUACACACGAACUUGCCAAAGAUCAAAACUCAGGGCCUUGAGAUUGCUCAGUUAACGUUUCACCAUCAGAAUCACUGUUUUGGCGUCAGUUGGUACAAUUUCUUGUUCAAUCCACAAUAUGGCGCGAUGAUAAUCCGUUAUUUAUGGUAACAACUGUCACUUCCAACACGUUUGGACUCCACUAAUCACGAUUUUUUACUAGGACUUCACUGACAUCUUGAAGAAGUUUCGUGGAAAAUGUUUUGAAUUCGUAGGUUCCAUUCCUUACGGAUUGAUCCUAGUUGAGAUAGCUAUAUGAUUUUCAGUAGUAUCUCAAAUGAACUUUACUGUGACGAAAACGAGUCAUUCUUGAAUAAUAGUUUUAUCCUAAUGAUUUUAUUUAAAUUUUUAACAAAUGAGUAAAUAAAACUAAAGAUAGUCUCUAAUUUCUAAAGGUGUAAUCUAAGUACUUUUUGUUUUGUCAAAAAAUGUACUAUUUAUUGACAGAUGAAACAUCAGAGUGCAACCUAGAUUUUUGAUAAAUUUCCUUACACUUAGUUGUUUUUAAGAAUAGCACAUUGAUUUGGCAGAGAGGAAAUAUUAAUAUUUACACGUAAGUUUAUAUUUGCUUUGAUUUUUCUACAGGAAUUCGGAUUAAUUUCUGUACACUGAGAAACUUCUGCUGAAUUUAAUUCAUAGAUUUCCACAAUUUACCAGGCAGUGUAUUUCAAAAGAAUUAUUAUGUGAGGACAGUCAACGAGUGAACUCGAGGAAGCCCUAAGAAGCUCAGAGAGAGCCGAGGAUACUCCGUUUCUUCUACAUUCGAGCUCCCGAGAUGAAUCCCCGAACGAUUGAAACGGAGUCGGCUUUGUGUGAUCAAAGUCCUGCCGUCCCGUGGAUUUGGUUUAUGUGUCUUAUACACGUUCCGACAUUUCUCCGGACUAGGUUUUUUUGCAUGUGAAUUAACAAGUAAGGAAGUUUUAUUGACACAACUUUUACUCGACGGUUUUAUUGACGAUUUAUUGGCCCCUGAUAUUGCAGCUGUUCUCUCAGCGUUUUCCAAUGAACUAAGAGCACAAGAUCUUACUCCAGAAAAGACAACUAGCUAUUAUCUUAAAGAAUUAAUUGUUUCAAUAAAUUGUUCUUCUACUACUACAACUAAUUAUACAAGCAAUGUUAAUCUUCAUAAGGAUUUAGAAUGUAUUCCUCGUCAUUUACUUUUAGUAUUCAAGAACGUUUUCACUCGUGCCUAUGAGCUGGAAACAUUACAACGACUUCAUAACUUAACUGAUCCAUAUUUGGAAAGUCGACUCGAUCUACGUAUAGUUCCAUUAGUUUAUAAAUGGGCUAAUGGUUAUUCAUUUUCUGCAACCAUAUCAAAAUGUGAUAUACCAGAAGGUUCAAUAAUUAAAAGUUUACUACAAUUGGAUGAAUUAAUUCGUCAUAUUUCUGGUGCAUGUCGUCAAUUUGGUAAUCACAUUUUAAGCCUAAAAAUAGAUGAAGCUAGAGACUUAAUUCAUCGUGAUAUUGUUUGUUCACCAAGUUUAUAUGUUUUACAAGAUAUAAAAUUAGCUAGAGAUGAUUGAAUUAUAUAAUUUUGUGCUUAAUUUUGCACUCAAAACUACAAUUUUUUUUACUCCAACUUAAAAAGUAUUUUUUCCUAAAAAUACCGCUUUUCCAAAUCUUGUUUUAAGCGUUUCCUGCUUCGGUUUAUCACAUCAAAAUUACUUGUCAUAUGAUUUACGCUUUUCUGAAUGAUGUAUUCAUUACUACAUGUUAUGUCUUUUGGCCCUGUCAGUUUAUCAUGUGGUAAUAUCGCCAAAUAGAAUACGAUGUGUGUGACCUUGACUAAUAACGCAUCAUGCUAGUA